CUCCUGACCGCCUGCCCUGCGUAGCUUUGGCGGAUCGCUUGCGUGGUAGGCGGCCGGAACGGAUCCGCGCAGCGAAGCUUCUCGUGCACGGCCUUCCGCUCGAUUCUUCCUUGUGGUACUCCCCGCUUCCUGCCGCGCUCCUCCCUCCCUACCCCACACUUCGCCAGAUCCUCUUCAGUCAUGUCUACCUGGAACAAGCACUACCACUGGAAGACCAAGGGUUGCAAUGCCUGGUCGAAGCAAUACUUCAUCGACCGCCUCGUCUCGCAGCCGGAUGCCACCACGUCCUUGCCUUCCGGCCAAGAGCUGUCCAUCUCUCGUCUCGACUCCUUCGAGGGCGACGUUGAGCUCGGCAACCGCAAAGGGAAGCUCAUCACCAUCUACGACGUCGACUUGUCCUUCGUAUGGGUAGCAACUGAACCUUCUAGCUCGACGAAGAUCGCACAGGGCAAGCUGCGCUUCCCCGAAGUGUCGCACGAGGUGGAGGAUCAGGGAGACGAGUACACCUGGGAGAGCACCCUAGACAGCGAUGUCGGAGAGGGAGACGCUGCGAAGAAGCAGGAGAUCUACAAGGCAGUCAAGAGCGAUUUGGUAAAAAAGGUCCUGCCUGUUCUAGAGAAGUUCCGGGCCACGCUGAUUGAUACCCACGCCAGGGAUCUCGGCCACGAAGAGUCUGCUAGUGGGGGCAGUGGAGCUUCCACGCCUGCUGCUGCUACUGCUGCUGCUCCUUCUGCCAAGCCGGCAGCUACAUCGAGCUCUGCAUCGAAGCCAACCACCACCAAGAGUGGAGUGACCGUCUCCAAGGAGACUAUCGAGCUGGAAAGCAGAAAUGCGUGCAGUCAGGCAGACCUCUGGGACCUCAUGACCAACCAGGCAAGGAUACCCAUGUGGACACGGGCCCCAGCGCAGUUUGUUCCCCUCCCUGACCACGCUUUCAGCCUCUUCAAUGGCAACGUCACCGGCAAAGUCGUUUCUGCUACAUCUCCCUCUGAGCUGGUGAUGUCAUGGCGACCACCUACUUGGCAGCCCGCAGACCACCAUGGUACUCUCAAGCUCAACUUUGUUCAGCAGGACGAAAGCACGCUUCUGAAGAUCAACCUGACUGGCGUGCCCGAGGGAGAGGAAGAGAGCGCAAAGAGUGCCUUGGACGAGUUCUACCUCAACGGACUCAGGAGGCUAGGUCUGGGCAGCAUGAUCUGAAGCCCGGGCUAGUCGCGACAAGACGGUGAUUUUGAGGCGGAUAGAUGGGCGAAGUGGAACAGAGAUGGUGUGAGGCUGAGAAGCCAGAACCGUACAGCUAGACUUCUGCACUGGGGAUACAAGCUCCUGAAAGAGGAUGCAGCUACGUCUGUCCGAUGUGAUUUUCAACUUCAUCGAUAGAACUCAUAUACAUUUCCAUACAUCCGUAC